AGAUAAGCAGCGCCUAGAUUAAUACAAGACAACUCCAUAAUGAUUGAUAGAGUCUCGAUCAGUCGCGAUUCUUUCUUCACGCGAAAGUGAAUGAUUUUUCUCAUAUUCCAAGUUUAUAUGUGAUCUAAAAGUAGAAUAUUAAAUUCUAUCAUGUACAAGGUCGGUAAGACAUCAUCACUGGAAGAAGCUUACCUUCAAUAUCCAGAGUUGAAGAGAAAAGAUGUGGAAGAAAUUGUUAAUUGGACUCAUAAUCAGUCACAUCUACCAAUGAUAACAGAAUACGAAGCGGCUCUCUUUCUCCAUGGAAGACGCUACAAUGUGAACGAUGCUAAGAAAAUUAUCGAUAUUUACUUCAAAUAUCGGACAAACAAUCCAAAAAUGUUUUCCAACAGAGAUGCAGAAGCACCAGAAGUGCAGAACGUAGUUAAUUGCCAAGUGCAAAUUCCAUGUCCAGAACCGACUGCUGAUGGCAGCAAAAUGUUUUUCCUGAAAGUAGUCGAUUCAAGUGCGAGUAAAUUCAACUUGGCAGCCACGAUGAAAACAUUGACAAUGCUCAUUGAUUACUGGCAUAUGACUGAAGGCUUCGUCCCAGGUCACGUGGUCUGUGUGGACAUGCAAGGAUUCACCUUUGGACAUCUCAUUCGCGUCAACCCAAUGACGCUGAGAACAUUUGUGAUCUUCGCCCAAGAUAUUCUUCCAGUGCGCAUAAAAGGCAUUCAUUUCCUCAAUGGUAACAGGAUUACACAGAGACUCAUCACAAUUCUUAAGCCAUUCCUCAAGAAGGAGAUUUAUGACAUGAUACACAUCCACACAACGAUGGAAUCAGCCUUUGAAUAUAUUCCCAGAGGAAAUUUUUCCACUGAAAUGGGUGGAAGUUGGAAAACUUACUCUCAACUUCAGGAUGACAUGAGAAACAUUCUGUUGAGCAAUAAGGAAAUCUUUAUCGCAGACGAAACCGAGAGAAGACUUCAAAUCAACUAGAAAAAUGGUUAAAUGAAUUAAGAUGUGAAGUGAUUAUUAGGAAAUGGCAAAUAAACAUUACUUUU